AUGGCCUCAAAUUUGGAGUCUGCGGUUGAUUUGUUGAGUCGAAAUGGAGUCACUUCCUUCGGAUCAUUAGCAUUCAUUACAGCCUAUCGACCAGGACAGGCCGACGAGGGGCCACUUUUGACUGCCUUGCGAACAGUGUUAGGGCGUGAUCCAACCAAUCCAGAGCUUAUCAUUUUGAGACGCUUGUUUUUCGAGUCCUGUACUUUGAGCAUCAGUGAGCUGACGCAACGCACCCAGAGAGAUGACGCUACAGAGCCUACAAGGAUGCCGGUGGCCGAGAGGAAUGCGCGAAUCGCUGAGCAGAAGAAGAGAUUGGUAGGAAUCUACUUUAGCCCGGAGACUGAACCUAGCCAUAAGCUAGUGGACCUUGUAGUGCAAAUGGGGGUCGAUCAGAACUUGGAGUGGUUACCGUGGGAAAAGCUGACCAAUCGAGCGUCAGAGAUUACUCAUUCACAGAAGGAUUUCAAGUUGUCGUUUGACUCGCAAGGAGCUCUGAAGGUCGCGCAGAAGUUCGCUGAUCCAGAGGCCUCGGUGACGGGCGACAUGAAUGUGCGUCAGGCUUUGAACCGUCGGGCCCGUGCUUUCGACCCUGCAAAGAUUUGUGGUUUUGUCAAGAUGGAAGAAUGGCGCGAACGCAUCUUUGAGCUGCUCAGUCGUGAUCCAGCCCCUAACGCCAUGCCUAUCACAUUGCACCAGAUCAAAGAGGCUGACAAAGCCUUGUUCCGGAAGCUUGCUGAGAAAACCCGAGGAAAACUGACGAUCCAGCCGGACGGGACCAAGCCCAUGGAGUCUGUUUUUGAUGAGUGCAUGAAUCACGCCGAGGUUCAGUUCUGCAUGAUUCCUAUGGUCAAGGUCCAAACUGUGUGGCAAGCCCCCAAAGACCCAAAAGGACGGGGAAAAGGUAAAGAUAAAGAUGGAAAAGGCAAGGUGCGCAAUGAAUUCUGGAAGGACCAGCCACCACUUUCGUUGCCGCCGGGUUGCAGCCAGAUGACCCCUGAGAACAAACCCAUUUGCAACUUGUUCAACCGUGGCAAAUGCACUUUUGCGAAAGAGGGCAAGCGUUGUCGUCGACCAUCAGUGCUCAUCUUCAGGAGCAGCCGGGGCCCCCUGCUCUUGGCCUGGCGGUUGGGGCCCUUGGAUGCAGCGGACUGCCUUGUGGAGACUUUGACCUCGAUCAGACCGCAGGCUAUUCACGUGGCCUUGCCUUGUGGGACAGGUUCCCGCGCCCGUGAGAAGCCUAUUGCCAAGCAUCUCAAAGCACAAGGGGCUCCCGAACCGAGGCCUUUGCGAACUCAGUCCUUCCCACUCGGCCUUUCACACCUCACUGAACGGGAGCAGGUCAAGGUCACCAGCGCCAAUAUUUUAGCGCAAUUUGUUGUUAAGCUCUUGCGCUUGUCCAUUGACUUCGCAGCCAUUUUCUCUAUUGAGAAUCCUCGCAAUAGUUGGAUGUGGUUAGUCCUUGGUCAUUUUGUGCAAGCCAGCCGCUGUCACCGAUUGCAAAGAGUUUGGGAUUCCAUGCGCAACGUGGAGUUCAGCAAGUGUGCCCAUGGAGGGGAUCGUCCUAAAUUGACCCUGUUUAAGGCCACCCAUGAGUGUUUGAAUUCCUUGGCCAAACCAUGCCCAGGUGAUCAUGCUCACAAGCCCUAUACUCUGUAUCGAGCCCAGGGAUCUUGGACUUUUGACACCGCGGUCGAGAGUGAGUAUCCCCUCCUGUUGUGCCAACGGUUUGUUGCGCUUCUCAAGCAUGUUUUGGAACCACGCUUCCAAUUCACUCCCGAUCCACCCUUCCCGAGUGCGCAUCGCCAGAACCGGAAACAUGCCUCUUUGGUUCCGGAAUAUCACCACUUGACCCACGUGGAACCGUCCAGUGGUGCUUACAAACUCCUUCCUCCUCUUCGUACGGGGGAUUGCCACGGGGAGGAAGAAUGUUGGGAAGAGAAUGCCUUACAGGGGGGUGACAAAUCGUGCACCUUUGGGGUCUAUCACACACCAAAGCAAUUCAUCCACCGAGCUUUGGCAGUCAAACAUCCCUUCGAUGAAAAAUUUGCAGUCGAAGACAUCACAAGAAAAAACCUUUUCGAGCUCUUGACUAGGGGUUUGAGUGUUGUUGCAAACCAGCGCCUUGAGUUUGCCAGGAAGGUAGCAGGACUUUCGAAAGAGCUGGCGUGUGAAGAAGCCCGUUUUCACGCAUCCCUGCCAGCUCACGCGCAGGAGGUCUUGAAAGGCAAAAGGUUGUUGUUGUUUAAGCAUAUGUUGAAGGAGUCUGGGUGCCCGGAUUUGAAUGUCUUUGACUUGAUGCAAGGAGUGGAUUUGGUGGGUGUGGCAGAGCGCUCACCUUUCUUCGGUACGAAAAUCGUGCCAGCCAGUACAACACCUCACUUUGCCUUGUUGACAAAUAAGUGGCAAAGGAAGCAGAUUGAAGCCAGGAACAUACAUGAGCAUGACCCUGAGCUCGCGAAGACCUUGGCCGUAGUGAUCCCCCUAAGAGAUGGCGCGACCUUGACAGGGCACUUGCGCAGAGACUUUGACCGCCCCAUGCGGUGGAAAGCGCGCUGCGUGGACUUGUCCAAAGCCUAUAAGCAGAUCCCAGUCAGCAAGGCCUCGUUAGCCAAGAUUGACGCUUUGCUCAAAGAGGUUCAAGAAGAGGACCAGAUUUCCAGGCGUCAGGCCCAGGUAAUCCACGGAAACUUGAACUUCGCUUUGAGUUUUGUGCUUGGCUACACGCUAAAGGUUCCAGCGCGCGCCUUUGCAGCGUUGUCCACGGAAUCCUGCAAGCCCCACAAGAGGCGGCAAAAUCCCAACCAGCCUAGUGUCGCUGUGGCGUGA